CUGAGCUAAAUAGGUAUAGAAUUGCAGCACUACAGUACACUGCAGAGUCAGAAGGUCAGUGCCUGCACAGUAACUUUUUCAAUAGAAACCAGCUACCUUUGGUGUUAAAAUAUAACUAUAAUGGGAGAAAAGGAGUCAAAUUCAACAAGUGUUUCCCUGCAAGGACAAGAACUUGUGUAUCAUAAACUUGGACUAAGAGCAGGAUCAGACGUACCUUAUAUAGAGAGUGAUGAUAUCCAGACUUCUGCAUUAGAACUAGAGUGGGACAUGGAAACAGAAUUGGAAGAGCUCGGAACUGAACAAUACCAAGGAGAUGAUUUUGCUAACCAACAUAUAGCAAGUCUGCAAAAUCAUGUCUAUAUGACUACAUCCAUUCAGCCAUCCAUUUCACCUAAAGGAGGCUUCCAACGUUUACAAGAGGAGCCAGAAUAUUUUUCACACUAUGCUGAGUCUGAACCAAGAAAGUCCCAGCAGCACUGUUGUACAAUUAUCAAAAUGUUUUGCACAUUUAUGUUUACAUUUACCAUAGGAAUCUUAAUAGGUUAUUUUUCAAACAACAAUCCUCAUUCUGCCAAUUGCAGUCUAGAAAGUGGACCCGUUACUUCAAGCGAGAUCAGUUUUGUCAGUGAGAUUGUAAAAAAUAUCUCUAAGGAAAAUAUUGAAAAACACUACAGAUAUCUCACACAGAUUUCUGUAAAUAAAGCAGACACUGACACAGCGAAAGAAAUUGCUCUUCUAUGGACUUCAAUAGGCUUAAAAGAAGUUCAGUUAGUAAAUUAUUCAGUCUUACUUGACCUACCAGGCUCUUCUCCAAAUACAAUCACUCUGAACAAUGGUCAGUGCUAUUAUCCAAAUGGACAGGAAUGUGAUGAAGAGUCCAACAGUCAUCAGAGUCAGGAGUUUCUGUACUCAUAUGCCGCCUUCUCUGCCAAAGGAACUCUUGAGGGGGAAAUUGUUGAUGUACAGUAUGGUACUGUGGAUGAUCUUCUACAAGCAUCCCAAGGAAGAAAUAUAACAAACAGCUUUGCCCUUUUAAAAUUGGGGGUAUUGCCAUUAUUGUACAAGCUUUCAUUAUUAGAAGAAAUUGGAUUUAAAGGAGCACUGGUGUAUGUUGACCCCUGUGACCUACCUGAAAAUGAAAACCUCAACAACAAAGCAUUUAUGGUGUCCUUAAACAAUGGCGAUGUUCCAGGCUCUAGUACAUCAACCAACAAUAAAAAUUACUGGCCAUUGACACAGAAUUUCUCUUCACUGUUGGUACAACCUGUGGCUGUAUCGCUUUUACAAAAGGUUUUUAGAAUAGCUGACUCUACAAGCCAAACAAAAUGUGUUCCACUUAUGCUACCAGAAACAGAAUACAGUAAAGUCCAUCUUAAGAUUCAGUCGGCACCCACAUACAAGGACAUAACAAAUGUAUUUGGAUUCUUGAGAGGAGCAGUUCUCCCAGAGAUACUGCAGGCAGGCCAGAUGGUGGACAAAGUUGGAUGGCUUCGGAAUGCUGGAUUAUCCUCACUCGACAAGCAGACUCCACAGGAACCAGAGUUUUCUAUUGAAAUCAUCAAGGAUGAAUUUGUUGUAUCUGGAGUCUUUGAAUGGAUUUAUAGAAUCUGA